GACGCUUUACCUGCGCUUGUUUGAUGUAGCGUUCUUCCUAGUACUUCUAGUGCCGCUUGGUUGGAGCAGUACUUAUGCAGUUAUGCUUGCUGUUGGGCUUGAACCAAGACAAGAUUUGUUCUUCAGAAAAUAAUCUAUGAAGCUAAGGUGGAGUAGUACUGGUGAAUAAUUGCUUCGGUCCGUAACAUUACAGGAGAAGCAUGAUUUUCUGUUGAAUAAUUCUACACUCGAUUGCAUGCUGUUAACAUUUUGUUGUGAGCAAGUACUUCAAAGUUCGGAGGUAGGAAUUAGGAUUGCUUGCUGCUAGUAGCCUGGUUAUUGUGGAGUGGAGCAUUGAUCUCUAUUAACGGCCUGUCCUGGAUGUUCAUUUAUACAAGAGAAACUCUGUCAAUAAUUCUAAUAAUUUCCGGACUUAGUGAUUGUGGUUGCAGUCCAGGUUGGGUUGAUAUCUGAGGUGUUACAAGAAAUUCUUAGCACACCACUGCAAUGGCUAAGCCGCUACCACAAGAGUUUGUGUAUCGGAUCAGCACAGGUGAUGAGUGGGCCGAACUUGAGCGCACCGGCUGCACCCUCGGCGGCGACCUUGACCGCUCCACUGGCUGCAUCCACCUCAGCAACCUAAGCCAGGUGAAGAUGACACUAAAGAAUUUCUUCCUUGGACGGACUGAUCUGUACCUGCUACAAAUUGACACUGCCAUGCUUGCAGAUGGGUUAAUUUAUGAGGCAUCUGAUGAUUCUAACUACUUUCCUCAUUUCUAUGGCCCUCAUCGGAGCUUUGCACCCCUUCUACUAAGCGCAGUUGUCAAGGCUGACAAAAUUGAGCUGGCAAACAAUGAUUUUACCUCUUGUCUACUCGAUGGAGCGGCCCUCUGAUUUUAGUGUGUAGAGUCUGACCCUUGUCCCUUGUGUUCCAUAGUGUGCAUGUAAUUACCCUGCCAAAUUUAUCAAAGACAGGUCGUCCAAUAGGCUUGUGCUAGUCAAAAUUGUAAAACGACCUAGCCUCUGCUGCUCUGCAGGUUUACAAUUGUCUUGGUGACGGUGUUUUGUAACACUGCAUAAAGUUUGCAUGAUCGCUCAAAACAUCCUCCACCAAAGUUUUGAAUAGCUUGUGUAACUGAGUAUCGGGUUCAGUGGUCGGUGCCAGAGUACGCUCUCUGUUAACUAAGUUAUCUCCAAUAAUUCAAUAAGUGCUAAUUUUCAUUA